GGGUCCUUGUGCAUUGUAACUUGUGUGCUCAAGACCUCAGAGCCUCAGGCAUGAGAGUUUUUGCAUAACCACUAUGCCAUCUCCCCCACUCAUUCAACUCCAGUUUAUGGUGGGAUUGAGCCUAAGGGCCUCCAGUGUCUCCAGCAGUUGUACUAUCAAUGGUGCUAUCUCCCUGGCCCAGAACAACCCUCUUUUAUUGUUGUAAAACAACAAUAUUGUAGUCCGGGAGGUAGCGUAGUGGAUAAAGCAGUGGACUCUCUAGGGGAGUCGGGCUGUAGCGUAGCGGGUUAAGCGCAGGUGGCUGCAAAGCACAAGGACCGGCAUAAGGAUCCCGGUUCGAACCCCGGCUCCCCACCUGCAGGGGAGUUGCUUCACAGGCGGUGAAGCAGGUCUGCAGGUGUCUAUCUUUCUCUCCUCCUCUCUGUCUUCCCCUCCUCUCUCCGUUUCUCUCUGUCCUAUCCAACAACGACAACAACAAUAAUAACUACAACAAUAAAACAACAAGGGCAACAAAAGGGAAUAAAUAAAAAAUAAAUAUUAAAAAAAAAAGCAGUGGACUCUCAAGCCUGAGGUCCUGAGUUCAAUCCCCGAUGGCACAUGUACCAGAUUGACAUCUGGUUCUCUCUCUCCUCCUAUCUCUCUCAUUAACAAAUAAAAUAAAACAAUGUUUUGGGUAGUCGGGCGGUAGCAGCAGGUUAAGCACAGGUGGUGCAAAGCGCAAGGAACAGAACUGGCGUGAGGAUCCGGGUUUGAGCCCCCAGGUUCCCACCUGCAAGGGGGUUACUUCACAAGUGGUUAAGCAGGUCUGCAGGUGUCUGUCUUUCUCCCUGUCUUUCCCUCCUCUCUCCAUUUCCCUCUGCCCUAUCCAACAACGACAACAUCAAUAACAACAACAAUAACUACAACAAUAAAAUGGCAAGGGCAACAAAAGGAAACAAAUAAAUAUUUUUUAAGAAUAAAAAAACACACAAUAUUUUACAAAGAAAGUUACUCACCAGCCGCCAUGAACAGCAUAGGAGAGGCAUGCACCGAUAUGAAGCGUGAGUACGAUCAGUGCUUCAAUCGCUGGUUUGCCGAGAAGUUUCUCAAGGGAGACAGCUCCGGGGACCCGUGCAUCGACCUCUUCAAGCGCUACCAGCAGUGCGUUCAGAAAGCAGUAAAGGAGAAGGAGAUUCCCAUCGAAGGACUGGAGUUCAUGGGCCAUAGCAAAGAAAAGCCUGGAGGUUCUUCUUGACCUUGUCACCUUGAAAACGGACUGUCAGGAUAUUGAGGAACUCUGAACUUUUGUCCGUGCAGACUUCCAUUUGCAAGCGAUGCUCCUCAGUCUGCUCUGAGAUGAAUGUCUCACUUGUCUGGCAUUGUGCCAAAACUCAGUGUGCUCAAUCUGAGUGAUUGCUUGGGAUUAUGGUUGCAAUAUUCAGUCUGGAAUCAGCUUUAAAUAUAUCUUGUAUGUAUGUAAGUAAUGAAAACUUGUCAAAGUUGGCUUCAGUUAUGCUACAAGAACAUCUGGUACUCUGGUGGGGUCAGCUCAUGGAAGUAAUUGGUUAGGACAUCUCUUUUCUCUAAGGAAGCUAAUGGUCUAAAAAGGGAUCCCAGCAUAAGGGAUCCUGCCUUAAGGUUACCUCAGAUUAACACAAAUUUCAAAAAUGUUGCAGUGAGCCUCAUUUCAGAGCUUACAGCAUAGAGAGAUAUUAAGGCCUUUUAUAGUAGCUAUGGAAGAGGAACCUGGAUUAUAAAGAUUUACUGUUCUCAGCUUUCUACUGAAGUCAAUGAAUGAAGUAAAACCACGUAUCAUAAAAUGCCAGAAUGCUGCAUCUGCAUCUGGUUAAAUAGGUGGGUGGGAUUUGCUUGAUUUGCCUUAUUUAUCUACCAUGCCCUGUAUUGUCUAUAAUCAUGAUGAUGGAAUAAAUUGCAAAUUCA